GUUAUAGAGAGACAACAAACUCUCUAUAUUUCUUUUUUAUGGUACCAACUAACCAGUUGGUAAAUAACAACUUCAUAUUUCUGAUUUCUCAUAAAGACUCCUAAUUCCAUUUUUUAUUGGGAUUAUUGAAGAUCUUUGAGACCAAUUAUCUAAGGAAAAAUGGGGACUUAUUUGAUCACUCUAGCUGGCCUCUUGUUUGUGUUCUUUUCUUAUGCAGCUGCUUAUGAUCCACUGGAUCCCAAUGGGAAUAUCACUAUUAAAUGGGAUGUCAUGUCUUGGACUCCUGAUGGCUAUGUUGCUGUGGUAACAAUGAAUAACUUCCAAAUGUACCGGCACAUUAUGACACCUGGCUGGACAUUAGGAUGGACAUGGGCAAAAAAGGAAGUGAUAUGGACUAUGAUAGGUGCACAAGCUACAGAACAAGGUGACUGCUCAAAGUUCAAGGGAAAUGUUCCACAUUGUUGCAAGAAGACUCCCACUAUUUUAGAUAUGCUCCCAGGAGUACCUUAUAACCAACAAUUCACCAAUUGCUGCAAAGGUGGAGUUUUGGCUUCUUGGGGACAAGAUCCUCAAGCUUCUGUCUCUGCUUUUCAAGUUAGUGUUGGCCAAGGUGGUACCUCAAACAAGACUGUAAAACUUCCAAAGAACUUCACUUUGCUUGGGCCUGGACCAGGUUACACUUGUGGCCCUGCAAAGAUUGUCCCUUCUACCAAAUUCUUCACGCCUGAUCUAAGACGGAAAACUCAGGCACUCAUGACAUGGAAUGUAACAUGUACAUAUUCUCAGUUUGUAGCCCGAAAACACCCAAGUUGUUGUGUCUCCCUUUCAACUUUCUACAAUGAAACCAUUACUACCUGUCCUUCUUGUGCUUGCGGUUGUGAGAACAAACACAAAUGCAUCAAGAGCGACUCCAAACUACUUAGUGUGGUGGGGGUAAACACUCCAAGGAAAGAUAAUGCACCAUUACUACAGUGCACACAACAUAUGUGCCCUGUUAGAAUCCAUUGGCAUGUGAAGCUCAACUACAAGGAAUACUGGAGAGUCAAGAUUACUGUUACCAACUUCAAUUACAGGGUCAAUUACACACAGUGGACUCUUGUUGCUCAGCAUCCAAAUCUUAACAAUGUAACGCAAGUUUUUAGCUUUGAUUACAAGCCUCUCGUUCCAUAUCAAUCGAUAAAUGACACGGGAAUGUUCUAUGGUAUGAAGUUCUACAAUGACUUACUUAUGGAAGCAGGGCCAACUGGAAAUGUUCAAUCAGAAGUGCUUCUCCAGAAAGAUAAAGACACUUUUACCCUUAAACAAGGAUGGGCAUUUCCUCGAAAAGUAUACUUCAAUGGCGACGAGUGCAUGUUACCACCACCAGAUACUUAUCCAUACUUUCCCAACUUUGCCCAACAGAAUCUGGUUGCUUUUUCGACAUUGUUUUGUUCUAUGUUUUUUAUUUUACUUGUUCUGUUUUAAUCAUUUCUCUAGUUUGUGAAUAACUAAAAAUUUUGAAGCCAGGCAACCAUUUCAGAUGAAUUGGUAAUACAAUACUUUAAAAUAUAUUCAUUGAUAGAACAUGUCAUGAACAUGUAUUAUCGCAAUCUAGGGAUCAAUUUGAGCAUGUUGGUUCAUGACAAGCAGUUCUAGUAUAUUGAAAACUUUGUUCAUGUCAUUGCAAUGGUCCCAAAAUGCUAGAAAUUGCUUAAAUAAAGGGAUUUUUACACUAUA